CAUGCGCAUAAAGCCAACUAGUGAGUUUGUGUUGAUGGUGUCCGCGUGUUAGUGAAGUUUACGAAAUUUGCUGCGAGACUCAGGACUUAACCUAUCACUGCUGUUAUCACUAUGGAUCUUCUGCCUCGAAGCCAUACCGAAUUUUCUUCUUCUGAAUACUGGAACUCUUUCUUUAGGAAACGAGGGCAGAAAGCUUUUGAGUGGUAUGGGGAAUUUACAGAGCUUUGUGGCAUAUUUCAUAAGUACAUCAAGCUCUCUGAUCGAGUGCUAAUGGUUGGCUGUGGGAACUCCCGGCUCAGUGAAGAAAUGUAUGAUGUGGGCUAUCACAGUAUUGCUAACAUUGACAUCAGUGAUAUUGUCAUCAAACAGAUGAGGGAAAAAAAUGCGAAGCAGCGAUUAGAAAUGACAUUUGAAAAAAUGGAUGUUACACAGAUGACAUACAACGAUUCAUCAUUCUCUGUGGCGUUAGACAAGGGCACACUUGAUGCUUUGGCUGUUGACCAGGAAGAAAAAACACUGGAAACCGUGAAAGCUAUGUUUAAUGAAAUAGAUCGUGUUUUGCGGUUUGGUGGAAGAUAUAUCAUCGUGUCAUUAUUGCAAGACCAUGUCAUCAGUGUCCUCGCAAAAUACUUCUCUGACUUAGGCUGGCCCAUUCGAGUGCACCGUGUCCCUGCUCGCCCUGAGGGUGAUGCUGGAAAUGAAGAGUUUAGCUUGCCAGUAUUUGCUGUUGUUUUGACCAAGUUCAAAAAGAUGUCAAGUGCAAUGCAGAUAGUGGAAGUCUGCAGCUCUGAUGAUGAUGAGGUCCAAAGGCUGGAGUCCAUAGAUCAGCUGCUUUCAACAGUUAAGCAAAUGCAGUACUACGGCAUUGUUAGACUACAGCUCAGCAAGAGAAGUGUUACUGAAGAACAGCUUGAGCUUGCGCUCUAUAGCAGUCUUACCACCACACCACGUUACACACUCUGGGUGGUGGACAGCGAAGAGAGGUGUAGCAACAAGUUUGCAGUUUUCAUCGUUCCUCAGGGCAGAGAGAUGGAGUGGAUGUUCUCCACAAGUGCUGGUCGAAGAGCAUUGGGUGUCAGUGCUGGCUUCCAGCGCCUGCUGGUGGUGGCUUUGAGCCGAGAGCAUGAAUACAAAGACAUGGAAGCUGUAAAAGCAGAGCUUUCUUCAAAGGUUAUGGAGCUGGUGCCUUCAAGUUACAAGAAAGGUAUCCAGGUUCCCUUUCUUAGUCUUGGCAGUGACAUUGGUAAGCGGACUGUACGGCAUCGUGGGAACAGUGAGCUCAGUGGAGGAUAUGUUGUAGAAGAUUUUGAGGAUGAAGAUGGGCAGGUGUUUCGUCGCUUGAUAUUUCUCACCAAUCAGAAUGUUGUACAGAGUGAAGUCCGUUUAGUUGCUCCACAUUCAUCUGACAAAAGGAAGAAGAAAGCCAAGAAUAGAUGCCAGAAUCUUUCCAUUGACAAAGACUACCUUGCUUGUCGACAUCACCAUGCCAUGGUUGCGGGUCUGGCCUUUAUUCCAUCUGAUGUGAUUAGUCCACAGGUACUGUUGGUUGGACUGGGGGGAGGCCCUCUUGCUGCAUUCAUCAAUCAUCACUUUCCCAAAGUACAAUUAGAGGCUGUAGAGAUUGAUCCUGAGAUGUCAAAGGUUGCAAGGGAGUGGUUUGGCUUCAGCCAUGACAGGAAUGUAGUCGUACACAUUGUUGAUGGUCUGGAUUACAUCAGAAAUCUAGGCACAAAAUGUGAAAAACGUCAGAUGGUGAUGCUUGAUGUUGACAGUAAAGACAUGUCCCUUGGUCUGUCAUGCCCUCCACCAUCCUUUGUGGAAAAGGAGUUUCUGAGCAUCAUUUACAGCCUUUUGGAAGAUGGUGGAAUGCUCCUGUUGAAUUUUGUAUGCCGAGAUGAAAAUCUGCGACACACUGUGCUGAAUCGCUUGUGUGAAGUGUUUCCAACAGUCAUGAGUGUGGACAUUCCUCAAGAAGUUAACAGAGUUAUCUUUGCCUCCACCAUUCCUAUGGAGAACACAGUCUUGAAAACUGAAAGAGAUUGUGUCAAGCUCACCCGGACAUUGUCAUUGGACAAGGUGAAGGAUGAGGCUGAGAAAAUGUUUAAAAGUCGAAAACAGAACUCCGAAUCGUGCAUGGGAGAUGUGAUUGACUGCCUAUCAAAGCUGACUGUGCUGAGCACUGCUACAUGAAGAGAGUGUGUUUGGGUUUGAUUGUCCACAGAGCCACAGCUAUGAAGCUACUCUGCCUCAGAUGUCAUUCAAGUUAGUGUCAAGCAUCCUUCUUCCCACUCCCUAAGCUUUCCAAUGGUUUAUCUUUGGAAAAAACUUUUUUUAGUUCUGUGGUGUGGACAUCCAGCAAAUAGAGAGUUGACAAGAUCAAGUUAGGGGAACAAGCCAGCACUUUUCUUGCUGCCGAAUAGCUACAUAUGCCAAACGACAAAUACGAGUUAUAUGGCAGUCCGGCAACGUGCCAUUCAAAAGUCAAUGUCGCCCAAAUUGUAUGGGUCAACAAUCUGAUGAUGGUCCAAAAGAUGACAGAACGUUAGGAAAAUACAGAGCUGUAAAUACAUGUCCUUCAAGUUGAGCUUACUGUUAGAAUAUUCAUAAUUAGAGAAUAGAUUUUGAUCCUGAGCACUUGAUGAAAGUUUGGCUACGUUGUACCAUCAGUCCAGUGGUCUCCAGAAAUACAUUAUUUACUGUAGGCUGUUGGUUGCACAUCCUCCUUUCAGAAGUUUGUUUUUCCUAAGUUCCCCGUUCUCUGUGCUUUAAAUGUCUAGUCCUACCAUGGAUUUGUAAUUAUUGGCAAUAAUCCUGAACAAUCUCAAACAAUUAGAUUGUGCUGAAAUAGAUUGAAUAGAAACAAAAAAGAAUGUCUAAUAUUGAAGUAAAUGAAUAGUGUUAGGAGUGUUGUAGUGUCACCAUCAAGAAAGUAAAAGUGACUGUAAAGUUUAGGUGUGGUAGCCCCAGUUGACUAUGCAUUGGAGUUUGUAGAUUUGUGGCAAGGAAUUUAUUAGUAGAUCCAGUUGGAUGUAGAAUGCUUCCUAUGUUUACAAUAAGGACUAUAGAAGCAAGCAAUUCCCUGUCUAAAUGCCAGAAAUUUCUUCAUCCAACCGGGUUCCUGGUGUCAUUUUUCUGGACUUUGUAAGUGCAAGAUUUACUGAAUGUAUCAAUACAUGGUUACUAGUGUAUGUUUAUGUAAGUAAAGGCAUGUACAAUUCUGAGGAAGGUUUAAGAUUUUUUGUAAAGAGUGAAUGUUGCACUCUCCUUGUUGUGAACUGCAUCUUUCAAUAUUAAGUGACACUAAUGCAUUCACUUCAAGCUUGUUUUGGGUAUGUUGAAAACAAUUGUAUGCAUGGAUGCAUAAUCAUAUUACAAAAGAAUGCAAGCAUUAUUCUGGAUGGAAAAAUGUGAAUGUUUCUAAAUAAAGAUAUUGCAGUUUA